AAUAAAUCAAAGAAGUAUGGAAGGAGAGGAGAGAGAAAGAGAGAUGGAAAUUCCAGAAAUCGACAGCAGACUGGCGAAGAUGUGCAUUGAUACUGCAACUCAUAGCAGUGACGCCGUCGAAAAAUGGCGGAUGCAGCGCCGAUCUCUCCAACGCCUACCUUCUCCCCUCGCCUCCGCUCUUCUCCACCGCCUUUUGCGUCGCCGUCUUCUCUUCCCUUCCUUGCUCGAAGCAUUCAAAUAUAGCGUAGAAGAGGUUGAUUUAAGCGGGGAGAACACGGUGGAUGCGGAGUGGAUGGCGUACUUGGGAGCAUUUUCCUAUUUACACUCCUUGAAUGUAGCAGAGUGCUACAGGAUUAAUAACCCCGCACUUUGGCCACUUGCAGGGAUGACCAGCUUAAAGCAGCUUGACCUUUCAAGAUGUACGAAAGUCACUGACGCUGGUAUCAAGCAUCUUUUAUCCAUUUCACAACUAGAGAAACUUCACCUCUCACAGACUGGGGUAACUGCUGAUGGUAUUAAGCUUCUCCCUGCACUUCGGAACCUGUCUACACUGGACUUAGGAGGUUUACCUGUUUCUGAUCUGGCAUUGAGUUCCCUCCAGGGAUUAACAAACCUUGAGUAUCUUGAUGUCUGGGGAAGUAAAAUAUCAGAUGAAGGAGCUGCAGUUUUAAAGAACUUCCUCAAGUUGAGUUUCUUGAAUUUAUCUUGGACCAACGUCACUAAGUUUCCAAAUCUGCAGUCUAUCAAAUGCUUGAACAUGAGUGAAUGUGCCAUCCAUUCUGUAUUAGAAGAUAAAAGUGAUCGAGUAACCCUGAAAAAGCUAAUUAUCCGUGGGUCCUCAUUUCUGCAAGCUGAGAUAGUCUUUUCAACCAUCGAGCCAAGCUGCCUGUCUUUCUUGAAUCUGUCAAACACCUCACUCAGUUAUUUUGGUUUCUUGCAUCGCAUGCAUGCUCUGGAACAUUUGGAUCUUAGCUCUAGCGCUAUACAAGAUGAUGCUGUUGAAGCAAUUUCUUGUAUAGGUGCAAAUUUGAGGCACUUAAAUCUCAACAACACAAAAGUCAGCAAUGCCGGAUUGGAAACUUUGGCAGGUCAUGUCCCUAACCUUGAAGUUCUAUCGCUGUCUCACACAUUAAUUGAUGAUUUUGCCAUAGCUUACAUCAGCAUGAUGCCUUCCCUGAAGGAACUCGACUUGAGUAAUAAAAAUAUAAAAGGUUUUAUUCGUCAGAUUAACAAUGAGGUUGAGGUCGUCUCACUAACAGCGUUACAGGAACUGAAGCACUUGGAAAGGUUAGAUUUGGAAAAGACUAGGAUAAAUGAUGCAGUUGUUCAUGUACUACAGGGUUCUGAGGAGCUGAGCCAUUUAUCACUUAACAGCACCCUCCUCACAGAUAAGUGCCUGGAAUAUCUCUCACAAGUGAAAAAGCUUGUGAGUCUCAGUAUUCAGGGUACUUUGCUGACCAAUGCUGCCCUUGAGUUGUUCAACCCAUCUGUAACACUCGAAUUGCUCGAUUUAAGAGGGUGUUGGCUUUUAACAAUUGAUUCUCUGACAUCAUUUUGUAAGAAGCAUCCACGUGUCAAAGUUAGACAUGACCAUCUUUUUACAACUUCUGUAAACCAUAAUAGCUCUACCCCAAAUUUAGCUCUGCUUCAGAAGGGAAUGAAAGCCUCAAAGGUUAAACAAAGAGAUAGGAAAUCAUCUGUAUCACCCAUCUUGUUCAAGAAGGAGGUAUUAGAUCAAAGGAUAAAGUAUGGUAGAGAGGAGCUAAUUAGUCUGCAGCACCUGUCACCGCCGCUUGUUCAACCUUUGGACAUGGAUAUAGCAGCGACAAAGAUGAAUUAGUUCUCACAGAUUUGUUCUCAUCCUUCAAACGCUGCAAGAAGUGAACAGUGACUAGUAUUUUCUAUAAACUACAGUACCAUCGGGUGUUGUAAGCUCUACUAUUAUUUACCUUCAACAAUGCUACUGUUCGAGUGUUCGGUAUAACUAUUGAAAUGGCAAGCAAUGCCAUGAUUGAGUCUAA